GGACCGCCCACAUCUUUCACGUCACUAGUUGAAGGCAAGCGACCUCACCUCACAGUAACCUUCUGAUCUGAACCUGAAAUGACGGUCAGUUAGUGCUUUGGAGAAAAAAGGAACAAUGAGCAAUCCACUUAGAGGAGAAGUUAUCAGAUUGUACAAGAAUCUUCUCUAUCUUGGAAGGGAAUACCCAAAAGGCACAGUUUACUUCAGGGAGCGCCUAAAAUCAGCUUUUCUGAAGAACAAAGAUGUCACAGACCCUGAGAAGAUUCGAAAGCUUGUUGAUCGAGGGGAAUUUGUGAUUAAGGAACUGGAGGCCCUUUAUUUCCUCAGAAAAUACAGAGCCAUGAAGAAGCGCUAUUACGAACCAGAACAGUAAUGCCAUUGAGUCUCUACUCUUGAUCACAUGCUACUGGAUAUUGUGGAUGAAGCAUUUAUAAACAUUAGUAAGAUGUUUUUCUUUGGUGCUGCCAAGAAGCAUUUGGAGAUGGAAAAGCUAUUUCAGGCUUACUCGGUUUUUACAUUUUAAGAAGAUUAUUACAGUGGUGUUGCAGCAGUGUGCGUAUCCAUUGUGCAAAUCAGAAUGCCCAACCUGCCACUGCUAGGACUGAGUGCUAAACCAAGGACCACAGCACCAUAUCUCUAUCAGGGAAGACCACAGCACCAUAUCUCGAUCAGGGAAGACACUAUCCUAAUUUGAAAAAGACUGUUCUCAAUUGCCAAUGAUUUUGUAAAUAACUCUAUAACUCUAUAAACAUCACUAUAUGUGAUGGUGGAUGAGCGUGAAUACUACAAUAAAUUAAGAUAUUAGGCA